UAACCCGGCGUCUGGCCGAGCAAGGCUCAGUGCCUCUCAGUGCCGCGACCGGCCAACCUGUACCUUCCCACACCUGAGCUUGGCAACAGGGACUUACGCAAGCAUGCACCAACUCGUGGUCACCUUUUCGGCCACGGCCCUCCUCUUCCUUGUCUCCUUUCCCAUGCUCACGGUCGGCCUGAAAAAAGACAACAAUUGUCCGAGGAUUUGUCCACCCGGCAGCGGUGACCCCGUCUGCGGCACUGAUGAUACCAUCUAUCCCAGCGCGUGCGAGAUGCAGAGGAAGACUUGCAACAAAGCGGUGCGAGUGUCGCGGACGAGCGAUCAGAAGUGCCAAAGGGCUCAGGGCUCCAACUGCACGCAUAAGUGCAAUAAGGAUUCGGAUCCUGUGUGCGGCUCCGACGGAAAAACCUACCACAACAAAUGCUUCAUGAUGGUCGCUACUUGCAAGACGGGAGCUGAGCUGUCGCACCUGGGUCCAUGCACAAACAUUACUCCUCACAGAGAGAACUGCCCCGUGGACUGUGAGUCGGCACCUAUCGACGGCCCCAUAUGUGGCUCAGAUGGCAAUGUUUACAAUCACACGUGCUCCAUGAAGCUGCUUACUUGCGGACAAGGCGUGGUGCGCACCGACAAGCAACACUGCAAAACGACCAGGCACUGCAGAGAGGCGUGUUGGCGCAUCUCCAAACCCGUCUGCGCCUCCGACAGCAAAGUAUACCCCAACGUGUGCAAGAUGAAAUCCAAGAACUGCGGGAAACACGUGUUUGAAAUACCAAUGAAGUACUGCAAAAGUUUAACCCAGGAGAGAAACGCACUCCCCACAAUUGACUGUCCGACUACUUGUGACGAUGAACCAGUUGAGAAAAUCUGCGGCUCAGACGGAAACGUCUAUGACAACGAGUGUGACAUGAAGUCAAACACUUGCGGACUUCAGACGAAGCGAAGCGUCACCAAGGUUGAUUUUGAGAAGUGCCGCAAGAAGUUCACCAACUGCAAUAUGCUGCAAUGCAACAAUGAGGAGGACUUUGUGUGUGGCAGCGACGCCAAAACUUACCGCAACCCUUGUCACCUACAGAUCGCCACCUGCUUGAAAGGCGUGCAGAUGGCUCACCUUGGUAACUGCACCUCUUUGUUGCAUACCGACGAAUGUCCCGAGACCUGUGAAAACGAGCCAACGAAGGUGGUUUGCGCCUCUGAUGGGAAUGUUUACAGGUCGCAAUGUGAGAUGAAGAUGCGCACCUGCGGCCAAAGAGUGGUGGCCGUGCCUGAGCACCACUGCAAGACUACCAGCCAUUGUAAUCAAACCUGCGGGGAAGAGAGGAACUUUGUCUGCGGAUCUGACAACAAAUUCUACAGAAGCGAAUGCGAAAUGAAGAAAUCAAACUGCGGGAAACACGUUUUUGUAGUGCCGAUGAAGAGGUGCCUGGCUGGAUUCCAGUUCAUGGGCUGCCAGAAGAUUUGUCCCACGCUUUACGAGCCAGUUUGCGGGUCGGACAAGAAAACCUAUUCCAACGACUGCUUCUUGGACAUCGAGAAUUGCCGCUCGAGGUCACUUGUCUUUAAAGUGCACGACGGCAAAUGCGGAGAGCCAGAAAAGAGCUCCGUCAAAAAUUUCCUCAGGUCAAACUGAGACGAGCAAAUGUAAAAUUUUCAAAUUAAUGGUCGUUUGUUCAUUGCCAUGAGAGAUGUGGGACGAGUAUAAUUUAUUGUUUAAUGAUUAUUUAUAAUGAUCUAGGAUUAAGGCACACGAGCUGCAAGCAGAGAAUUCAUAUGUACGGUGUAGAAUUUUAUUAAAGUUUUGCUAAGUGACUCGGA